AAGUAGUGCCCGGAGCGGAGGCCGGCGGCGUCCGGGGAGCCACGGAGUCGAAGAGAGCGGCGGAGUCGAUGGCAUCUAUCAAAAGGAAAUAGGAUCAUGGCAGCAGAUGAUGAAAAUGGUGAUGGAGCAAGUUUAUUUGAUGUCUUUUCUGCUUCUCCUCUUAAAAAUAAUGAUGAAGGUUCUUUGGACAUAUAUGCUGGGUUGGACAGUGCUACUUCUGACAGUUCUUCCAAAUCCUGUGAACCAUCCAGAAAUUGUUUGGAUUUAUAUGAAGAAAUUCUUACUGAAGAAGGAACUGCAAAGGAGGCAACAUAUAAUGAUUUGCAAGUAAAAUAUGGAAAAUGUCAGCUACAAAUGAAAGAACUGAUGAAAAAGUUUAAGGAAAUACAAACACAGAAUUUCAGCUUAAAAAAUGAAAACCAAUCUCUUAAGAAGAAUAUUUCAGCACUUAUCAAAACCGCUAGAAUGGAAAUAAACCGCAAGGAUGAAGAAAUAAGUAACCUUCACCAAAGAUUGUCUGAGUUUCCACAUUUUCGAAAUAAUCGUAAAACUGCAAGGACAUCAGAUACAGUUAAAACAAAAGAUCUUACAUCCAGACCUCCCCAUUUGGAUGAUUGUGCAAAGACUGAACACAGAAUGAAAUGUGAUGUUUCUAAAGAUGGACAUCAUAGCACUUUACUGCCAAGCAUUGAAAAGGAAGUAAAAUUGCAUUUGGAAAAAAAGAGCACUUUGCAUUUACCUUCACCUGUUGAAAAACACUGCACCAAUGGCAUUUGGUCACGUUCCCAUUAUCAGGUUGGUGAGGGUAGCUCAAAUGAGGAUAAUAGAAGAGGGAAAAAAGAUACUGGAUAUGGCCAAUACAGUAGAGGAACUGAUAGAAUACGAAAAGACUUAAACACUAGCUGUGGUGAUGGUGAACCAAGGAACAUAGAGGCUAGUCAAAGGCUACAAGGACGUCCUGAGAAAUAUGGUAAAGGUGAACCAAAGGCUGAAAGCAAGAAUUCGAAGUUUAAAAGUAACACAGAUUUGGAUUAUAAAAAUGAACGCUUUGGCUGUUUCUGGCAGAAAGAGACCUUUAGAGAGAGGUCACACAGUCGAGUAGAAUCUCAGAGUGACAGAAAACUAGAAAGGCAAAGUGAAAGAUCACAAAAUAUAAGUAAAAAGGAACUUAAAUCACAAGACAAAGAAGAAAGAAAAGUUGAUCAAAAACCUAAAUCAAUAGUGAAAGAUCAGGAUUAUUGGAGAAGGUCUGAACGAGUUUCAUCUCUUCCUCAUUCCAAGAAUGAAAUAAAAUCUCAUAAUUUAAGUAAAUACCAUCUGGAAGAGAGAAGAGAAAGGGAAGAUGGUAAAAGAGACUGGGGUGUAAAUAAUAGUUUUCAAGAAGGAAGAUGUUCAUCCUCUCUUUCAACCAAUAGAACUCACAAACACAUUGAUUCCAAGGAAGUUGAUGCUGUGCACCAAAGGGAAAAUACACCUUUAGAAGCUGAAAGGCAUAGAACUGAAGAUAAGAGGAAAAGAGAACAAGAAAGUAAAGAAGAAAACAGGUAUAUGAGAAGUGAAAAAAGAACACCUACAGGACAUUUGCAGAAGAAUAACAGAGAAACUAAGCAAACCACUACUGAUUUAAAGAGACAGAAUGGACCGAAAAAUAAAGGUGAAGUCUCUAAUAAUGUUUCUGAAGGCGCAGAUAAUAAAGACCUUGCAAUUAAAGCUGAGCAUGGUCCAAAUGAAACAAAAAACAAAGACUUAAAGUUGAGUUUUAUGGAAAAAUUGAACUUAACUCUUUCUCCUGCUAAAAAGCAUCCUGUUCCUCAGAAUAAUCAGCAUAAAAUAAUCAGUACUCCCAAAUCUAGUGGUAUAUGUGAUGUGGACUCCUUGGUACAGGAUAAAACAGUGACAUGUGUUCCCACUGUGAAUGAACAUAUCACAGAGGAAGCCAAAUCAAAGUUAUUGGAACCAAAAGAUGCUCCUGCAACAGCAUCAUCUGAACCCUGGACCAAUAUUCAAGAAAAGAAAAUGGAAGAAGAAAAUAGUUUGUUAGUUAAAUCUGUAGAGAAUACUGUGCAUUGUGACUUGCCCAUUUGUGGUACAGAGACUUCUUCCUUAACACCUGUGGAAAUAGAACAAACAGAAUCGUCGUUUCCAUCAGCAGCAGAAAUGGAACAAACCAUUAAUGGUGCAAGGACAGCAGCUCCUGUAGUACUGGACAUAUUACAAACAAAUGUUUCUCAAAACUUAGGCUUGGAAUUGGAUACCAAAAGAAAUGGCAGUUUAAAUUCUUGUAGUAUUUCUGAAGAUAUGGAAAUGAAGGUGGCUUUUUCAACAGAAGUGGCUAAAUCCAAUGAAAGUGUGUUGCAGCCUUCAAUGGAAAAAGCUGGCAUUUUGCCAGUAGUCCUUUCAGAAGUUGGUAACCCAAAGUCUGAGCCUUCUCUUGUAGAUACACCACUGGUUGAGAGUAAGUCUUGUCAUUUGGAGCCUUGCUUACCUAAAGAGACUCUAGAAUCUUCACUUCAGCACACUGAGUUAAUGGACCACAAAAUGGAAAUUGGUGAAACAAACUCAGUAUAUAAUGAUGAGAACUCAGUUCUGAGCAUUGACUUUAAUCACCUAAGACCUAUUCCAGAAGUCAUUAGUCCUCUCAAUAGUCCAGUGAGACCUGUAGCAAAAGCACUUAGACUGGAAAGCCCAUCUCGAGUUCCAAUAUAUAACAUUCAUAAAGAUAUGUUUCCACCAAAUGCAACUCAUUCUACCUCCAAGAGUCAGUCUGAUCUCAACAAGGAAAAUCAAAAGCCAGUUUGCAAGUCUGACAAAUUUACAGAGGCAGACUCUCAUAAGAAUUCCUCUUUAGAUGAAUUAGAAGAAGGAGAAAUUAUAAGCGACAGUGAAAACUCUAAACCACAAAAUAGUUUUGAAGAAAGUGCCAAACCUAGAACUUCUACUGAAGUGCAGAACAGAAAAACUAGCCCAGGAAGUAGGAAAAGUACUGUGCAUUUGGAUAAAGACAGUAGGAAAACAUCUGUAAAAGUUCAGCAGACCAAAAGGAAAUGGAGUAAGAGACAGUGUGAAUCUAGCAAGUCUUUGAAAACAGAGAAAAAAGAUAAGACAAUGAGCACCUCCGUCCUGGAAAAAAUAGUUCCUAUUAUUGCCGUACCUUCUUCUGUACCAGAGGUUAUGCACAUGUUACGAAUGAUAAGAAAACAUGUGAGGAAAAACUACAUGAAAUUCAAGGUAAAAUUUCCAUUAAAACAAUUUCAUAGAAUUAUUGAGUCAGCAAUUUUGAGUUUUACAUCACUCAUUAAACACCUUGACUUAUCCAAAAUCUCUAAGUCAGUGACUACUUUACAGAAGAAUCUCUGUGAUGUUAUAGAAUCCAAACUUAAGCAAGUUAAAAAGAAUGGCAUAGUGGAUCGCUUAUUUGAACAACAACUACCAGAUAUGAAAAAAAAAGCAUGGAAAUUUGUAGAUGAACAACUUGAUCAUUUGUUUGCAAAGCUUAAGAAAAUCUUAAUAAAGUUUUGUGAUUUCAUAAACUUUGGCAGUGACAGCGAUGAAGGGAAAUUUGAAAAAAAAAAAGAGAAAACACAAUAUUCAAAUUGUCAGAAGGGGAAUGCAGUCAACUCCAGCAAAGAGAUGCCAAAAGAGAAAUCCUCAAAAUCAGAAGAUUCUGUUUAUUUUAGGUCUUCACUGGGAUGUAAAAAAUCUGAGGACAAACAUCAAGACCAAAAUAACUCUGAUAUUAACACAGUAAAGCAUGACAUUAAAAAAAGCUUUAACACUUGCCUUGAUAAUAUUAAGUGCUCUCAGUCUGAAGAGCACUCCCUGGAACUGAAUUGUCCAAGCACCCCAAAGCCAGGAAAAAUAGAAAGCAGCACCAUAGAGGAUACACAGACUUCCCAGCAUGCAGCUUUGAAGCCAGAACGCUGUUUUGAGAUUCUUACUGAACAGCAAGCAUCUAGUCUCACUUUUAAUUUAGUGAGUGAUGCACAGAUGGGUGAGAUAUUUAAAAGUUUGUUGCAAGGGUCUGAUCUUUUGGACAACAGUGUUAAUUGUAAUGAAAAAAGUGAAUGGGAGUUAAAGACUCCAGAGAAACAACUGCUAGAGAGUCUUAAAUGUGAAUCUAUACCAGCCUGUACAACGGAAGAACUAGUUUCAGGGGUUGUUUCUCCAUGUCCUAAAAUGAUGAGUGAUGAUAAUUGGUCAUUAUUAUCAUCUGAAAAAGGUCCAUCUCUGUCUUCAGGGCUUUCAUUGCCAGUUCAUCCUGAUGUGUUGGAUGAAAGUUGUAUGUUUGAAGUAUCCACUAACAUAGCUUUAAGUAAAGAUAAUGUAUGUAGUUCAGAGAAGAGCAAGCCCUGUAUUUCUUCCAUACUGCUUGAAGAUCUAGCAGUAUCUCUAACAGUACCAUCACCGCUGAAGUCAGAUGGUCAUCUCAGUUUCUUAAAGCCUGAAGUGUUGUCUAGCUCAACUCCUGAAGAAGUUAUUAGUGCCCACUUUAGUGAGGAUGCCUUACUUGAGGAAGAGGAUGCGUCCGAACAGGACAUCCACUUAGCUCUGGAGUCUGAUAAUUCAAGCAGUAAGUCAAGUUGUUCUUCAUCAUGGACGAGCCGGUCUGUUGCUCCAGGCUUUCAGUACCACCCUAAUCUGCCCAUGCAUGCUGUCAUCAUGGAAAAGUCCAAUGAUCACUUCAUUGUGAAAAUACGGCACGCGGCACCAUCUACCUCCCCGAGUCUUGUACAGAAUGUGGUGGCUGGUGAGUCAUUGACAUCUUUGCCCAGAGUGGUAAAGGAAACUGAUGAAGCAGCAGAGAAGGAAUGUAUUUCAUGUCAGAGCACAGUUUUUAAAUCUGUGGAGGAAUUGAAACAUUCCAAUGAAAAUGUUGACAGCAGUAAAUCAGCUCAUGAAGAACAGGGCUGUAUGAUACAAACACAGGUUCCUGAUAUAUAUGAAUUCCUUAAAGACGCUUCAGGUAAAGUGGGUCAUAGUAAUGAAGUGGCUGAUCAGUGCUUCAAGUUGCAUCAAGUAUGGGAACCAAAAGUGCCUGAGAGCAUUGCAGGAUUGCCUCCCAUGGAAGAAAUUUCACAUUCUGUUGAGGGUCAUCUUCCAAAAGUGCCUGAAAGCAUUGCAGGAUUGCCUCCCAUGGAAGAAAUUCCACAUUCUGUUGAGGGUCAUCUUCCAAACACAUAUGUCGACCUCACAAAAGAUCCAGUCACUGAGACUAAAAACUUGGGGGAAUUCAUGGAAGUAGGAGUUUUAAACAUUAAUCAAUUGGGAUGUUCUGGAAGCAGUUUGGAUCAAAAUGCUCAGCUAUUAGACAAUGUGCAGCCUGAUACUGUAGAUGCUUUUAUUGAUUUGACACAAGAUGUUUCAAGUGAGAGCAAAAGUGAAGAUAACCAUCCUGCUGGUGGACACUUAGGAUGUCAGGUGUUUUGUGUAGAUGAAGAUAACUGUAAGGAAGAAAAGGUACAAGUUGCAAACAAGCCUUUGGAAUGCAUGGUUGAGGAAGCCUGUAUCGAUUUGACCUCGGACUCUCCCAGUUCAUGUGAAGUAAAAAAGGGUUUAAAAUCAGAACCGACAUCAAACUCUGAUAGUUUAGAGUUGCCUGUGGCUUUGGAUAAUGCUCACAAAAAGAGAAAAAAACUCCCUAAUCUAAACCAGUCUAUUCAGAAAAAACAGAGAAAGGAAAUAGACUUAACCAGUAAGGAAAAGACCAAGAAAACUACCCAAAAUUCUGGUGAGAAUGGUGAAGCUCACCAAAGGAAAGCCAGUAAGAAAAAGGCCCCUGCAGUGACUAAAGAGCCCUCAUCGUUAAAGGCAAGCCCAGGGAUUAAGGACCCAUCAGCAGUAUCUGGCACUUCUAUAAACCUUUCUGCAAAGAAUAUUAUUAAAAAGAAAGGAGAAAUUAUAGUUUCCUGGACAAGAAAUGAUGAUCGGGAAAUUUUAUUGGAGUGUCAGAAAAGGGGGCCAUCAAUGGAAACAUUUUCUUAUGUAGCUGCCAAGUUGAAUAAAAAUUCAUCUCAGGUCUCAGAAAGAUUCCAGCAGCUAUUGAAGCUCUUUGAAAAGUCAAAAUGCAGAUAAGUUGCUGAGUUCCUUGGAGUCUUGAUAUUGCAUACUACACAGAAGCUUGGAAUUCCUCAUGUUUUAAAUGGGGGGGUAGAGGGCAAUUUUAUGACAUUUGAUUACUAGAUUAUCUACAUUUGUUAUUCCUUGCUGGCUCUUUACUCUCAGGUCAGCUUGUUCCAGUCAUCAGUCUGAUUUGUUUAUCUGUUACUGAUCAAAAUACUUAUUUUUAAACAGGUUAGGAUUUGUUAUUAAAAGCUGCAAUGAUAUAAUAUUGAAACCUUAGUUUUGAUAUUUCAAAGAAAUGAGUUUCUUUUCCAGAUUUUUAAAAAUAGUUUUGUAGCAUUUUUAAAUUAACCAUUAUUUAGUUUGUUUUCAUAUAUUUUUAUUUGCUUUUCUAAUGGCCUCUCAUUUUGGAAAAUUGUAAAGUAAUUUAAAUAGUAUAUCUGUAAAUAUGUAUACUUAAAAUGAUGUAAAAUAUUUUGUGUGUAUUUGUGUUUGUGUAUACACACGUAUAUAAAUGGCUUUGCCUAGCCAAGGAAUUUUUUUUUAUCUGUAUAAAACUUUUUUGUAUAAAAUUUGCUUUCAAUACCAGUAAUGUAUAAAUAAAACCAUGUAAAGUUCUGUUAUA